ACUCUAUUCUCUAUGGUAAAGUGUAAAGUUGUCAGUGUCAGGGAACCUACAACAUUUACGAAUUUCGAAAACGAUUUUUAGUAAAUUCAACUAUUUAAUUUACUUUAUUUACAGGUUUUCAAUUAAUUUUAAUUCAAACUCUUAAAAAUGGCACUAUCUAUGUUCCUGCGUAGUCCAGCCUUCACAAGUCGCUUCCAGCAGCAGUGCAUGCGCCUCGCGACGCAGUCCCACUCACACUCCAGCACACCCACAAUAGUACCUCUCAAAAAUAUUGUCACACUUGAUGCAAAGAAAUCCACACCCAUUUUAAAUUCAGUGCGAGCUUUUCGCACAUCAGUGGUCCGUUCAGCGUUACAUGAUGAGAAGCCCCAUGACCAUGCCAAGCUGUGGGUAGUCGAGAAAGCAACUGCAGCCAUUUUGGUACCACUCAUUCCACUUGCUCUGGUGCUGCCUAACAAGCUGUUUGAUUCGGUGCUAGCCAUACUGAUCACUGCACAUAGUUUUUGGGGUCUAGAGGCUAUCGCAGUGGACUACGUUCGAGCCUCAGUGGUAGGUCCAGUGCUCCCCAAAGUUGCAAUAGGCCUUGUCUACUUGAUCUCCAUCGCGACACUCGGCGGACUGUUCUACGUCAUCUUCCACGACGUCGGCAUAGGUGGCUCGGUCAGGCAACUGUGGUCUGUCAAGUCCCAGAAACAGGUCUAAAAUUAUUGUUUACACAGCUUAGGUGGUCCACGAAGAGCCAUGGCCCAUUACUCAGUCGCGCUAUAUUUAAAAAUGUAAUCUGUGGUCGCACUCCCGUCAUUUUGACGUCUGUCGCAUAGAAUUAGUAGGUACUCCGCACAACGUACUUACUAAAUCCGUGGUCCGUUGACAGACAAUGAAGUUUCGAUGUACGUUAACUAUAGAAAACAAGAGCACGAGCUACAAAGUGGUGCGUCGUUGCAACGGAGCGCGACUAAGCAAUGGGGCGUGGCUUUUAGUCUGUAUAUAAAGAGUGGAAGAUUUUAUGUCGGCGUCCUCUAGUACAUAUAAUUGUUGUUUGGAAGCAAUUAGGCACCUUUGGAUUAUAAUUUAGAACAGUACUAACUAAUGAUUGGUACAUAUAAAAUAUUGGAUUGUAAUCUGUUUCGUAUUAAUAAUAAAAAAUAAAUACAAUAAUAAAUGCGGGUGCUGUGCCCUAUUGGUUGGCAACACUGGGUGUUAAUCAACCAAUCUUGACCUUUAAAUUUGGUAUUUCAAUACAAAAAAAAAUUGUCAGAUCCGUUUUCUACUUUUUAUAAACAAACUGAUCUAAUUAUUUGUUCAAUAUUAUUGUUUUCUCCUCAUUAAAGAUAAUUAUUUAAAAACAAAGAGACGACUCGCAUUUAUCUCUCGCAUAUGCGGGGCUGAGGCAGACGGGUGGUGAAACGAUUGCGUCGCCCUUUUCCUAACGGACAAAUUAAGGCUCGUUACUUUACGUGAUAUCGGUGCUCCUUUCACACCCACACAAGUUGAUACUGGUUCUAUACUUGGUCUCUGGUAAAGUUUGAGAUUGGACAAAGAGUUGGAUGAGGACCAUACAGAAAUAGGAAUAAUAUGGUGUAAGAAAUAUCAUCUCCUGUAUUUAUGUAUAUUUCGGAACAGUAAAUGUUGCUGGCACUUUAAAAGCAAGCCUACAAAUAUUCGAACGGAAAUUCGAUUGUGUAUAAUACGCUGCGGUGAUUAUGAUAUUUUUAUUGGUAUUUGUGGCCUAAACGAAUAGCACAGAUAUAUAAAUGCUCUGAAAUUAACCGUAAAUUAUCACAAGUUAGGUGAUCUACACGCAGUCUAUAGCGAUAAGCUUCGUGACAAAUGUCAGUGUCAACAGUCGCAAUUGACAUUUCAGAGAGGCUGUAACGUUUGGGACUAUGUGCUCCUUAAUGUUGCCCGAGUAUUUUUUUUCAGCUACGUAAUGUAUUAUCUGUAAUUGUUAUAAUCUCUCUUAUUUUACGCAAAAAUUUUACAUUUUGCACAGUUUUGUGUUGUUUUUGGUAAAUAUUUUUCUAUUUCGACACACGAUCUUAAAAAUAUGCAUGGGUAAUGCUAAUUAAUUGUAUUUAUAUACAGAAAAUAUGUUUAUUUUCCCAUGCGCUGUAAUUUUUUCUACCAUUUUAACAAUUUUUCAAGGAUUACGAGUUUCGCGCGUAUCUUGUAUUCAAUAUUGUUUAUUACCUCAUAUGUUGGAUGGACUUUUUUUUCUUUCUUCUUAGAAUAAAUUCAUAAAAAGAGAGAGAUUUAGUGCCAUUUUGUAACAAUUGUAGAUAAUAUACCAAGCGUGGACUGGGUUUUGACAAAUAUCACGUUACAUUUUGGUUUGUAUAAUUUGGCUUUGUACCUGCAAUUUUAGUUUCCAUAGAGAUCUAAGGCCUGUUUCAGCACUUUAUGAUAAAUUAUCUUCCAGAUAAACUAACUGGUAUAAUCCGCAGUAAUUGGUCGUUAGUCCUAAGACUUUUGAAACACAUGUUAAUAGACUAUCAGACACUUUAUCAGCAAACGGCGAAACAGGCCUUAAAUCUUCAAAAAUCUCGUUGCCAUUGAAGACAAUACAAGAGUGUAUUUAGCACAAUUUAAUCGUGAUUUUUUUUACAAUAAAGUAUUACGGCGAAAUGUUUUUCCGAAACGUGCUGUGAGCAACGCUGAGUGGAUCUAAUGUUGUAAAUUAAUUUAUUGAAAUACUUAUUAAAUGAUUUAGAUGGAA